AUGGACUUUGAUGAUGAAUGUGCAGAUGAAGAGCUACAGGUGGCGGGAAAUGACCAUGAUGAUCCACCGCAACAGGAAGAUGCAUCCAGGAGGAAGAGACGACGAUUCACUUCGAACUCCGGAAGCGGCCGAGAUGCUGUGAAGACUUGUUUUGUGGCAUCAUGCAGCGAAACGUGCGCCAAGGGAAAGAAGUGGUGUGCAACCCACAACAGCUUCUAUGAUUCGAUGAGUUACCAUGCCAAAAAGAACAAAGAGACCGAGAUAUUCAACCAAGUCAUGAGUGAUGCACUUGAAGCUGACCGAGCAUUCAAGCGAUUCAUGGACGACAAUCCUGAUCAAGGAAGGUGGUCCCGGAAGAAGUUCAUCGAGUGGAGCCAGUUCAAAAAGGAGCACUCUUUGUCAUUAGUUCACACUGACCGCCGUGGCGCCAAGCCGUUUGAGAAGAAAAAAUCAUCUAGCCGCGUUGAAACGUCCGCGGCAGAGAAGCGCUUGGGAGAUGAUGACCGGGAGUUGAUGCUGGACCAGGUCAUGAAGGGUGGCACGCCGAACGAUGUUGAUGAUCGGUUUUUCACUGAGGCAGUAGGUCGAGAAGAAGCAGAAGGCAACAGCAAUACACCAGAAAAAUCCCAUGUGAAGCGUGAGCCAGAUGCUUCACCUGAAAAAACCGAGACGCCAGAAGAAAAAAAAAAGAAAGCAAAGAUUGCAAAGCUAUCCAGUGGGGCCUCUUUGUGCAGUUUCCGAGCCGGUUUGCUUGACAAGUUUGUGGAAGGUGUGAAAAUUCGAACAGAGAAGAUGCAACUUGCAGCUGACAAGAUCAAGGAAGCACAGGAAAAGCUAUCGAAAUCUCUUGGAUCUCAACAGGAUGCAUGUGGCGAAGUGGUGGCUUCUUACAACACAAUGCUUCAGGCAUGUGAGAAUAUUUGUAAGGCCUGGCUGGAUUCGCUGCCUUCAGAAGCUUUGAAGCUAGCCCCAAAGGUUGAAAAGAAGAAGGAAAUUGAAGAGGGAGAUGACUACGUCAAGCCAGAGGUGCCAGAUGCAGUUGAGCAAAAGCAUCAGCAUUUUCUUCAGUUGGUAAAGAAUGCAGAGCUACAGAUUCGGCUUUGCAACGGUGACUUGGAGCUGAUUUCCCUUGUGAUGUUGGAGUUCUACCAGCACUUGCUGUCAUCUGCCUCAUCACCUGCAUGGCUGGUGGCGUUUGAAUCAGAAUGCAAGUCUCUGUGGUCAGUGCAGGAUGUAUUUCAAAAGUCUUUGGUCAGAAUCUCAACCGAUGUCCUUAGCUACAUUAGCCAGAAAGAACGCACCGCUGCCAGAAACCAGGAGAGGAAGCGCAAGGAGGAUGAGAGCCGAGCUGCAAAGACGCAAAGAGCACAAGCCAAGGCACAU